GCGCUCGGAUCCCACCACGAUCGCCCGGCCGUAGGCAAAAGGAAAAAUCAGGGCGUUACUGGUUGAGCGGUCAAACUCAGUUCACACGGAGAGCUCGGCUUGGCUGGAAGGUUAGCGAAGCUGCUUGAUCCAACGGACAUCGUCCACGAGAGCUGUCAAACGUCGGACAAAUGUUCUCGGCGUGACGUCGAUGUGCUUUGUGCGCGUCCUCUCUUUUGUGCGUGUCUCUCUCUCUCUCUCUUGAAGCCGCCCGCCUUCGGUGGCGAAAAUCUCGUUGACUCUCUCCGACCGACUCUCAGACUCCGAAAAUUGUAGAGUCUCUCCGUAACACCGAAAAAAAAAGAAAAAUCAUGCAAGUCAGCAAGUCGUCCGUGAGGAAGUGAAACUACGCCGAGCCGCUCCAAUUUUCUCGAAGAAAUGUGAGCAAAUAGAGCUCGCUCACAGAUUCAGAAAUACUCACACAAGUCUUUUUGGAGACAUUUGGUUUGUGGAUUCAGGAAGUGUUAAUUGACGCGGAACGUGUGUCAGUCGCGACGUCCGAGAAUGACAGUAAUAACGAUGACCUCGCCGGUGACGCCUGCAUCAACCAGUCCGCCGGAAUCGCCCGACGGAUCCAAUGCGUUGCAGGGUGCUUCCAAACCGGCUCAUCGAUUGAGCUUCUCCGUCGCAGCUUUGUUAGCGGACACAAGAAAGACGUCGGAAUCCUCAAUGUCGCCGAGAUCUCCUGUUUCCUUGUCCUACUCGCCGAUACGACAAGAGUCCCGAAUACCCAUAAAUUCUAUUGUAUCAAGUCGUGCAGAAUUCAAAAGAUUUACUACGCCAUUGUUAUCGCCCGGUCUCAAUUCCCAAGAAGCUAGACUUUCGGUCUCUCCGCAAAGCGACUCUAGAAUUUCAUCUAUGUAUCCGGACACAACCGGGUUCGAGUCGCCAGGCAGACGAUCGACGACCUCUGAGAGCGUCGUCGAUUAUCACGCGCGUUCAUCCGUUAACGCGAGAGCCACCACUCCGGAAUCCGUUACAGCCUCCUCGUCGCCGAAGAUCGUCGGAAGUCAUCAUCAGGACGUCGGCUCGCAAUCACCCAGAAGCAGUUCUCACGGUGAGGCUCACUCGAGGUGUUCGGAAACGGACGACGACGAGAGCAGACUGGUGGACGUCGAGGAUCUUCAGCAUCAUGCGACAUCAAGCCCGACUCCGGUUAGGCCAACUCCGGCCUAUCUCGGGGGUUUCUCCGCCCUAGGCGGUAUCCCCGGGAUCCCGGCGAGUCUUCAUCCGGUCUGGGCCGGCGGACAUCAGAACGCGGCUGCGGCCGCCGCCGCGGCCGCGGCUGCCGCGGCUACGGCUACGUUCUUCCCGUCUCACUUCUCUCAUCAUGCUCCUCUGAACGAGAACGGCGAGCCGGCGAAGAUUAAGUGCAACCUGAGGAAGCACAAGCCGAACCGUAAACCCAGAACGCCCUUCACGACCCAGCAGUUACUGGCCCUUGAGAAGAAGUUCAGGGAGAGGCAGUACUUGAGUGUCGCCGAGAGAGCGGAAUUCUCGUCGUCGUUACAUCUCACCGAGACACAGGUUAAGAUCUGGUUUCAGAAUCGUCGCGCUAAAGCGAAACGUUUGCAGGAAGCGGAGAUCGAGAAAAUGAGAAUGUCUGCCGUGAGGCAGCAUCACACCGCACUUUACGGAUCGCAUCCUGGAAUCUUGACUCCCGCUGGUCUUUAUCCCGUAGGAAUGCUUUCUCAUCACGGGUUGGCGCAUCCUGCGAUCGCUCAGCAUUCAGUGAGAGAAUGAAAGUAACACCUACAAAGAAAUCUAUACAAGCCACUUGACUUUAAGAAAUAAAAAAAAAAAAAAGAGAGGCACAACGCAUUCAGAGCAACCAACUUCGAAAACUCGUGUAAUUUCGUGAAAUAAUUUCGUUUCUUCAAAACUCGCGCCGAUUGCCGCGCUCAAAGUUCGCGGGACUGUAACGAGAAGAAUCUCAUAUCGACUUUACUUUGUUUUCUUUGUUUAGAGACAAAAUGUGCGGAGGUUUCACACAGUGGUUGUAAAAUUAACGCUUAUAAGAAAAGUCGAUAAGAAGAAAAAACUAUUUUGAAAAAAAAAAAAGUUGUAAAUAAAAUUGUAAAUAGGUCGGGUCGUUUUGAUUGCUUUGUACAUACAAUCCCUAUGGUAAUCCACACGUGAGAUAAGAGUCGCAUCGUUUGAUGCAAACAAUAAAGCAAAUAAAUCUCAAUAUCUUUGAAGCAAAAAAAUUCCUUUUCCAAUUUUGUAUAAAUGUAAAAGCGAAUAUAUAUAU